GCCACCCCGCCAGCGCAGUUAGUCGGAGUAAUGUCUCUCCGAUCGGACGGGCGACGGGAAUGACCGGGACGACGUCGAGGUGCCGGCUUUCGUUCGCGUGACGAGGACACUCGGCCGAAAACACCCUCGAGUUGCCCGCGAUCCUGGAGGCCGUGCGGAAUGUCUCGGGACGACGGUUUCGAUUCCGUGACGUGAACUCUCACCGUGAAACAACCGCGAGCGCCCAUCAUGGCGGAUACGACGAAUAACCGGGACGUGGUUAACGGAGUUGCGACGUACCUCACGGAUUUUCCCGAGCGCGUGCGACGUGGGUGGUUCAAAGCCGUCGAGCCAAACGCGAUUCUUACGUGCGAGAGUUUAACGGACGUCUAUGUUUAUGUGAAUGGUGGGGUUAAUUGUAGAAUCGUCGGUAAGAGAGGCGUUUACGAGUGGCGUUUCACGAUCACCGCGACAGGUGACAAGCAGUUGCGGAACGUGGCCUUGAUAUCGGACGAUUAUCGCGGCAACUUUGUCCUGAAGUCGGUGCAAGAGAACGGCAGUGAAAUCGGCGUGACGAACGGCGAGGAAUGGCACAAUCCUCGCGCGAGUUACAUCGUCGAUCGUUCGAUCAAGAGACACUAUACGGUAACGAUCGCGUUCGCCGCCAGCAAAUACGGCACUUAUCGGCAAAACGUCAUCUUCGGCUUCAAGUGCUGCUCGACGUUCCUUCAGAGGAUCUGCGCGGAUUAUCUGCCGAUUCAGGAUUACGCGCGUAUACAAACGGCCACGAAUUAUCAGCUGUCGCAGAUUCCAUCGAGAUGGCCCGAUCCGUACGCAUUCUACUCGCCUUUCAUGCAGAACCACGCCGAUCUACGAGAGAUCAAAUUAUCGAAGAUAUAUCCGUAUCCCGACAAGCAAAAUUUCUUCCUCACGCAAGACACGCUGUCGGAUAACCGGCUGACGCCGCAAAACUAUCGAGGUCGUAUGCACGAGAUGAUCACCGUCGAGGAGAUCGCCAGACACGAACAGCUCUCGAGAUACAAUCAGAUCUCGUGGUUGCGGCUCAUGUCACAAUACGUAUUAUCUAAUUGCGACGGCUCUACCAUCGCUAAGUAUACACCGCCGGGUGAACUCUUUGCUCAGCUCCCAAUCGCUCGGGACAUCUUGGAGGACACGCAGAGCGGCAGACUUCUACAACGUAGCUGUAAUACCAUUUUAAUCAAGCUAUGGGACAAGGAUCUCGAAAAUUCGCAUAUGAUUUUCGAAGCUCACAUAGAAAACAAAUGCUCACAGUCUAUAUUCGUCAGACUCAGCAAAGACUGCGUGACCCAUUGGAAAUUGGAAGAGCACAGCGAGCUCGAAGUGGAAAUAAGAUUCGUGCUGAGCCGUCUCAAUUUUUGCGAGUGGCAUUUGGCGGUGGACGGUCUGGAACAUUUGGAUUUUGUGUUCCUCAAGGACAAGCAUCGCGAGAUCGACAACCAAAUUAUUCAUAGCUUCAUGCAAGUCGAUGCCGGCAACCUUCGUAUUCUUUCCAGUUUAUUUCUGGAUAAGCUACUGAAUCAAGAACAGAAGCAAGCGGUCGCCGCGAUAGCAUUGUCCACGACCAAGACUUCCUCGCCUCCGGUCCUCUUACUGGGACCCUUCGGCACGGGAAAGACGUUUACCAUAGCGCAUGUGCUGCGUAUGCUCGUUAAAAACCCGGACAACCGGAUACUUUUAUGUACGCAUAGCAACAGUGCAGCGGAUCUUUACAUCAAGGAAUUCUUCCACGUUUGGUAUAAAGAGGAUAAACAUCCCAGACUUAAACCUAUUAGGAUAUAUUAUAAAAUGCGAGCUUUGAAUACGGUACAUCAAGUUGUGCAACAAUACUGCCUCAUGGACGAACACGGUCGUUUUCGCGAGCCAGUCGAGAAGGAUCUUGAAGAUUAUGGUUUAAUAGUGACUACUCUAACAACCUCCAGCUGUUUGAUCAGUUUGAAUCUGUCUCUGACUCAUAUAGUUAUCGACGAAGCGGCCCAAGCUAUCGAGUGCGAAGCGCUGAUAGCUCUGACCUUGGCGAACCAAGAUACUCGUUUGAUUUUGGCAGGUGAUCAGAUGCAACUCGCACCCGAGAUUUACAGCGUGUUAGCGAGCGAACGAGGAUUGGGUGUUAGUCUCCUAGAGAGAAUGUACGAAUUUUAUUCGCCGGAACAUCCGUAUCGGAUACACCUUUGUCAAAACUAUCGCGCGCACGCGGACAUAAUCAAAUACACGUCCGAAAUGUUCUACGAAGGAAUAGUUAAACCCGCCAAUCCGGACCUGCUGAAACAUCCGACUAUGAAACCAUUAACAUUCUACGCUAUUUGUGGCGAGGAAGAGCAGAUACCAAAUUCUACGGGAUACCAGCAUGUUAGGGAAGCGGAGGAAUUAGCAAAUCGUGUCUUGGAAUUGAAGAAUACCUGGCCGACGCAAGAAUGGGGCCCGUACAACGAAGGAUCUAUUGGUGUUUUAUCGUAUUAUCACGAGCAAGUGCAACGGUUGCGAAUCGAGUUGCGCAGACGCCAACUUUUCGACGUGUCCGUCGAAAGAGUAUUAAAUGUCCAAGGCAAACAAUUCACCGCGGUUUUUAUCAGUACAGUCCGGACAAAAACAUCCGACAGAUCCUCCGCCGAGACAAAGGUUAAGGAUUAUGGUUUCCUGACGGAUCCACGUUUGUUAAAUACCGCUUUAACGAGAGCGAAAUGUCUGGUGGUGGUUGUCGGUGAUCCAGUCGCUCUGCUUACUAUUGGCUCUUGCAAACAACUUUGGAAGAAAUACUUGGAAGCGGCCGAUUUACACGGAAUGGACAGGAAGGAAUUACAGGCCCAUCUGAACAAGGUACCCAAACUACAAAUAUCACCUCUGAAUCCGUACGCGAGAGAGUUUUUUCCCCGAAGGCAACCGUUAUGCUUCGUUCAAUAUAUUCAAGUUCCGGUUUGGUAUCCAGUAUUUCGUCCUCCUCCGCAUCCACCAAUGUGAUGAAAAUCUCGCGAAAUUCAAGAAUUAAUUUAAUCGAUUAGUUCGAGACGAUUGUUUCGACGAAUCCGUACACGUUUCAUAAGUCGAAGACCGAAACAUUACAUUUUGCCGUUUCUAUUAAUAACAUACAAUUAUCUUCGAUCGUAUCGAUCGCACAAGCAAAACUAUAUAAACUAUAGGUACACCAAGAUGUGCGUAAUUUUUCUAAUUUUUCAAAAUUUUUAUUUGUCUGAUGGUGUGAAUGAGAGUUUUGCUAAAAACAUAUAUUUUGUUUAUUUAUGUGUAUAAUAAGUUAUAAAUCAAGAUAAUCAUCGAGACGUGAAAGUAAAUCCCCUUUCAUCUUGCUGUAUGAAUGAAUGCUGUCUAUUUAGUCUAUUAUUUUCGAUGAAUUUUUCAGAAAAUAUACGUGCUUUAUACCUCGAAUGAUGUGUGUGCAUUUGACAAUGUUUUGAGACAUUUUUGUCCUUUAUUUAAACCAGUAUGGGCAUACUUUUUCAUAUACACAGCGAAAUAUGUACAAAGUGAAAGAGAGUUAGUUCUAUGAUG